GUAAGUGGCGUUGACCGUGAAACACAUUGUUGGAAGCUGUAUUACUAAAAAGUAAAAACAAAAUAUCAUGGCACCGAAGUUUUAUUCAGAUGAACUGAGUCCCCCAUGCAGGGCUGUGAUGAUGCUGUGUGAAGCACUUAACAUCCCUGUUGAAUACGUCGACACCAAACUACUCAAUAAGGAUCACAUGAAAGAAGAAUAUCUGAAGAAAAACCCAAUGCACACAGUACCGAUCCUUGAAGAUGGUGACUUAGUCAUUCACGACAGUCACGUCAUUCUCACUUACUUGACUGAGAAAUAUGGAAAGAAUGGAUCUUGGUACCCUAAGGACUUGAAACAAAGGGCACUCGUUGAUCAAAAACUUUACUUCGAGGCGCUUAUGUUCACUAAAAUGAGGGCCAUCACUUACGCAGCAAUCUUCGAGGGAGUAAGGGUUCCGUCCGAAAAGGUUAUUAACGAACUAGUUCAAAUGUUUGAGUUCCUGGAACAAUUUCUGUCCCGCACGAAAUUCGCCGCCGGCGACCACAUGACCAUUGCUGAUAUCUCACUCAUCGCAGUGCUGUCGACGAUCAACGAUAUAGUUCCAGUGGAUGCGAACAAAUUCCCGAAAACUGUAGCCUGGAUGCAGGAGAUGCAGAAACAAUCAUUCUACCAAAGCAAGAAUGUGGAAGGAAAGGAAAAACUGAAGGCCAUACUGAAGAAAUUCCUCGAUAUUAUGAACUGAAUUUAAAUUAAUAAUGUAUAAUAUAUUUUUUAAAUAAU